AUGCAAAAUAACAAGAACCACAUACCAAUAAAUCAGCCACCAAAUCCAAUACAGCAGCCAUUAAAUCAACAAUCAAUACCCCAACCACAUCAACAACCACUUCAACAACAACCUUAUUAUGUACAGACUCAACCACCACCAAAUAAUGGAUACUAUCAGAAUCAACCACCAGCACCAAAUCCCCCUAUACAACCUCAACAAUCAUCAAAUUUAAAUCUACAUCCACCACCUUUUGUAAAUUCAUACCCAAAUUAUCCACCUCAAAAUUAUCAAUACUCUCAAUAUCCUCAACAACAACAAUCACAAUCAAUAAAUACUUCAAAUCAACCAUCACUGUCUAUUUCUUCAGAUUCUCCAAAUCAACAUAGUCAUUAUUCAAAUCAAAAUCAUUUAUCUAUACAUUCAAUAAAUAAUAACACUCAAGUACCUCAACCUCAACCAAGAUUAAAACUGCCAGUAAAUAAUAUAGCACCACCUAACAAUACUUCAUUAACUCCACAAAAUCAACCACCACUAAAGUCUCAAAGCCCAGCAAGUAUAGAAACCACCAAUCAAAAAAAUCCUAAAAAACGACCUCAUACAUCAUCUCAACCAUUAUCAAGAGCAACUGUAACAUAUCCAAGAAAAAGAGCAGUAACAGCAUGUCAGGUAUGUAGAUUGAAAAAGACCAAAUGUGAUAAUGUUAGACCACAAUGUGGUUCAUGUGAAAGAUCAAAUGUUAAAUGUCAAUACUUAACUGAUCAGAAUCAAAAAGAUUAUUCAAGUUAUGAUCCUGCUUCUUUAAGUAUAUUAAGUAAAUUAGAUAUUAUUUUAAAAGAUUUAAAACAUAUUAAAGGUGAAGAAAACGAGGAAUUAAAAAGUAAUGAUAAUAAAAAACAAAAUGCACAAAAAUUUGAAGAAUUUGAUAAAUGUAUUUGGGAUAUGUCAGUAACUUCCAUAUUUGAUUGGCAUUGUUUUCAAAAGGAAAUCAAAGAAGAUGAGGAGUAUUUACAAGAAAUUAAAUCCGAUUUGAUAUCAAAUUAUGAUAAGAAUUUAAGAAUUGGAAAUAAUCAAUCAUUUAUUGAUCAAUUAAAAGAAUUUGAAAAUUUAGAUAAAUUAAUUAAUAAUAAUUUUUCAAAUAUUAUUAAUUCAUUUUUUGUUAAUAUUUAUACUAAAUUACCUAUAAUUGAUGUUUAUGAAUUUUUUGAAUUAUUGGAAUUUUAUCAAUUUUUAAAUAAUCAAAUAGACGAUUUUACAUUUGUCAAAUUUAUUGAAUAUUUCAACGAUGAUUUCAAAAUAUCACCAAUUAUUGAAAAAGUCUAUGAAGAUAAUAAUUUAGCAAUUAAUAUGGGCAAAAUUCAAGAAUUAAUUCAUUCAAUCCCAUUAAUUUUACUUAUAUGUGCACUUGGGAUAUCUAGUACACCAGUCAAUUUGGAUAAUUUAAAUACAUUUGAAGAUUCACUAGAGGAAUCAUCAUCAAUAGAUAUAGGAUGUCUAAGUAAUGCAGAAUCUUUCAAAAAUAUACCACCACAUUUCAGUAAAAAUCGAACAGAAAUAGCAUUUAAACUCAAGAAAUAUGCGGAAGUUAUAAUAACAUUAUUUCCAGAAGUUCUACCUACAAAUUCAAUGUUAUCAACUCAAUAUUAUAUAAUGCAACAUCAACUAUAUAUACAAAACAAUUAUCCAUUAUUAGCUCAUGAAUCUAUAUUAACUGCAAGUAAGAAUAUAAUGUACUAUUUACAAAAGUUCCCAGAAAAAAACUAUGAUAUAAAAGGUAUAUUAUUUUGGACAUGUUUAAAAUUAGAAUGUGAAUCUAAUACUGAAUUAUCUCCAUUGGUCCCAUUAUCAGGUAUAAACUUGUUCACACCACCAAUAAAUUUUCCUCGCAUUCCUGAACCACCUAGAAAGAAUCUUUAUAAUGAAAAUAUAAUGAAACUAGCAAAUAAAUAUGAUGAUGAAUAUACUUGGUAUUUUUUUUUAACGGAAAUAGCUAUUCGAAAAAUAGAUAAUAAAAUGUUUGAUGAUUUUUAUUCAUUACUGUCAAAGAAUUUAUGGGAUAAUGAACACUUCAUCAAGGAAGAAUUUUUUAAAAAAUUUAUAAAAUAUAUUAACCAAUAUAAUGGUGUAAUAAAUUCAUUAACUCCAGAAAUAAGAAACUUUGUACUUCAGGAAAUAAACGUUGAUCAAAUUUAUCGUCGAAUGAAAAUCAGAUAUGAGAAAAAACACAACAACAAAACCAAGAGAGGAGAAUCUGUUUCAGAUUCAGAAUAUAAUAUAAAUCAAGAUCAAAUAUUUGACUCAUUAGAUGAUUUUCUAAUAGAUGAUGAUUUAUUACUCAAAGCACAAUCUGAAUCAAUAAUGUAUAUCAAAACAAGAGUUAUUGCAUCAAAAUUAAUGUUGUUUAGACCAAUAAUUUAUUUAUUCCUAGAAGAUAAAAUAUCCUACUUGGAAAUAUUUGAAGCAAUAGCAACAAUAUUACAACAUAAUCUCACAUCACAAAUACCUAUAUUGGAUUCACCUAAUUCAACUUCAUCAUCAACAAUUUCAACUAAUCAAGAAUCAGAUUUCCAAAAUUUAAAUUUUUUUAAUUUAAGAAAAGCACCAUUAAUUUAUCAAAAACAUUACCCCGAUGAAGAUUUUUCUAAUUUGGUGGAAUAUAAUGAAGGAGAAGAAGAUAUAGUAAUAAAAGAUUUUACAAAGACUAAACAAAAAAUUUUAAUAAUUUUUAUUCAAAAUUUAAUAUCAAUUCCAAAAUUAAAUAUUCCCAAAUUAUCAUCACAUAGACAUCCAGGAUCUUGGUAUUUUAUAAGAAAUAUGUUUAUUGCAACAAUUUAUCAAUUUUUAAUCUAUAAGAAAUUUAUAAAAAUCAUAGAAGAAAUUAAUCAUACCCCCAUAAUUCAACAAAAUAUAGUUGGUAAAUUCUUUGCAGGUAGUAAAACUUGGGAUGAAAUUAAAACACUUUUAAAUCUUAUAAUUGAUAAAACUAGUGUAUUAGCAUUUUUAGAACAUUCUUUAAUUGUAUUUCAAUAUUGGAAAUUAGAAAUGAGAGAUUGUGAAAUUUAUCAAGUCUUUGUGAAAAAAAUGAUUAAUAAUUUAUAG